AGUAUUUUUGCUUUUCUUAAACCCCUGCCGCUGUCUUUCUCUUCUGUAAGCAAAAAUUCUUGAAAAAGUUUACAAUGGGAAAGAAGAGAAAACACAGUGAAACUGGUGCUGCUGCCAAUGAAAACAAAGAAGAAACUGCAGUAGAAAGACCUAAAAGAACUCUUUUAGGCUUCAAAGAUGGCUCUUCUACUACUACUGAACAACAACAAAAAGAAAGUUCAAUUGCUACUUUUCGGAAUAAAGAAAAAGUUCUUGUUACCUGUUCUCGUCGUAUUAGCUACAGGUAUCGACAUUUAAUGUUGAAUUUGGUGUCGCUUCUGCCACACUGUAAGAAGGAUAACAAGGUGGAGUCUAAAGAUUCUAAAGGUGCAACGUUGAAUGAGCUAGUUGAGUUGAAGAGUUGUUCGUCUUGCUUGUUCUUUGAGUGCCGGAAGGGAAAGGACCUCUAUAUGUGGAUGGCCAAAUGCCCCAAUGGUCCAUCUGUGAAGUUCUUAGUCAAUGCAGUGCACACGAUGGAAGAAUUAAAACUCACUGGAAAUCACUUGAAGGGUUCACGUCCUAUUUUGACUUUCUCAAGCAGUUUUGAUAAGCAGCCUCACUGGAAGCUUUUGAAAGAAAUGUUCAUGCAGAUUUUUGGAACCCCAAAGGAUCACCGGAAAUCUAAACCUUUCUAUGAUCAUGUAUUUGUGUUCUCAAUUCUAGAUGACCACGUGUGGUUCCGUAAUUACCAGAUAUCAUGUCCUCACACUGGAACAGCACAGAAAAUAGACCGCGGGGACCUGGAAAAGAUGACACUUGUUGAGGUUGGUCCAAGGUUUUGUUUGAACCCAAUUAAGAUCUUUGCCGGUAGCUUUGGUGGCCCCACACUUUAUGAGAACCCAUUUUACGUUGCACCAAAUCAGAUCCGAUCACUAGAGAAAAAACAGAAGGCUGGAAAAUACGCGAAGAAAGUCAAAGCCAAGACCAGGAGAAAAAUGCAUCAGUUGUCUAAUCCUCUCGAGGUUGACGAAUUUGCAGAUAUGUGGAAGGAGUGAUGAGUCAUCAUCAAACACGAGCGGACUCCAGAAGUUUUGCAUUGCUAGAGUUAUGAUCCUUUUUCGAGCAUUUGAAGUAAACUAUCUCCUAAUGGCUUGCCUAUUUUCGAUUUUUCUGGCAUUGUACUUUUCCCAGUAUUGAUCUUUUAGGUUGUGUCAAUGCACACAAUACAAAAUGUGGUUUAUUGUAUUUGUUGAAAGGAGUGUCUUUCCGACACCGGGCUUCUGAACCGAACCCUGCUGCAGAUGAAAGCUUGGUAUUUAUGUGGAGAAGGGUAAAGGGGCAUGCUGAUCGUCCAUCGAGUUUCGACCUGUGCAUGUGGUUCUAUUAGAUCCUUAACAAUCAUUUGUUGUCUUAUAUAGUGUCGAAAUUGCCUUAGCACAACUAUGAGCCAUGGGGUUCAAAACUCAGUUUCCACAGCUAGCAAGCUGUACUAGAGAUUGCUUGUUAACUUAGCUAAUCAAUCAGACCGCUUUAUAACAAUUGUUUUUUGAUAA